ACUUUUAACUCCACACGCACUCUGAGAUCCAGUCCCCCAAGCAGCAGCACGGUGCGCGCGCUGCUCCACAUCUGGAUGUCCUUAUUUCUUCUCAUUAUUAUUCUGGAUUUACUCUUAAAUGUUUCAGGGAUGAACUGAAGAGUUUCUGACAACGAGACUGAGAGAGAUAUAAAUACAUUAAAAUAUCCAAGUUACAGCUGAGGUCAGUUUUUAAGACAUAUUGAUAUUAUUGGAGUUCGCGCUAUUUGGAUAUUUUCUUCUGAAUAUUGAUCGGAUCCUGAACUUUUUUUAGACCCAAGAUAUUUUUUAAAAAACUAAAUUUUAUAUCACCUAUUUUUUUCUUCUGGGAUGUUGAGCUCUGUGAAAAUGGAAAGUCAUGACAUACCGGAGUGGAGCGGAUUUUACAGUGAGGCUAGUGAGAUGUAUUCCCCUGCAAGUGCCAUGAAUUCUGUGAGUAGUCUGAACAGUUACAUCAACUUGAACCCGGCUGGCUCGAGUGCAAGCAUGAACAUGGGAUAUGGAAACCCGGGUCUGAAUGCCAUGGGUGGAGCGAGCAAUCACAUGAACCUGGGUACCUCUUUAAACCCCAGUCCAUUAACCCAAUUAAGCCCUUCAUCUUCAUCUCUGGCUCCACUUUCACACUACCAAAGCAUGAAUCAGCUCAGUUAUCCAUCUCCACCGUCACUGAACCGUGCUAAGGAAGUACCGAAGCCAUAUCGCCGGUCUCUGACUCAUGCCAAGCCACCGUACUCAUACAUCUCUCUGAUCACAAUGGCGAUCCAACAGUCAAACAGCAAGAUGCUAACUCUGAAUGAGAUCUACCAGUGGAUCAUGGAUCUGUUCCCAUACUACCGUGAGAACCAACAGCGCUGGCAGAAUUCAAUCCGCCAUUCACUCUCUUUCAAUGACUGUUUCGUUAAAGUUGCUCGUUCGCCUGAUAAACCUGGGAAAGGUUCUUACUGGGCGCUGCAUCCCAACUCAGGCAACAUGUUUGAGAAUGGAUGCUAUCUUAGGCGCCAGAAGCGCUUCAAAAUCGAAGACAAGCCAGGAAAGAAGGGUAGGGGAAAGUCUCAGGAUGGCUUGAACUCUAAACAUGGGAACAGUGAAGGUGUGCAGGAGGACCGAAGCCCUGCUACAGGUUCAUCUGACGGUGCUGAUUCAGCCCAGUCUGAUGUUUCUCAUCCUGGCUCUGCAUCUGAAGAGCAGCAAAUGAGUCUAGCAGCACUUGAGGGUCCAUCUCAAAGUGCUAUUCCAUCCUCAAUGCCCCCUUCUGGAGCUCACCUGCACUCCGAGGGCAUAAACACAAGUUCUCAUCUCCUCUCCAAUUCCAUCCAGCAUCAUCAUCUGGAUUUGCAGAAUGACCCACUCAAGUCCAUGGACCCUCAGUACAACUUCAACCACCCGUUUUCCAUCACCAACCUCAUGUCUAAUGAGCAGAAAAUGGAGCUCAAAUCAUACCAGGAUCAUGUCAUGGCCUACAAUGGUUAUGCAACUUCCUCACCUGUAGCCGCCAAACAGAUUUAUGACAGCGCUGGUCCCUCAAGCAUCGACUCAGGUGCCUAUUACCAGACCCUCUACAGCAGGUCUGUGCUUAAUGCGUCCUAGAGAGGCUUUCCAAAGAUUUUUUUUGGACAAAUCUGGUUUUAAAAAAAACCUUUUAUUGGUAGCAGGCCUUUAACGCAAUGAAAACAGGACAUUUAUUUCUCUGUCUCUGACUACAUAUGUUGAAAUUCAUAGGAAUGUCAUUGGAUUCGAUAAAAACAAGUCUAUAAAAGUGCUUACCCUGCCCCUCACUCUAAGAAUUUAAGCUUCCACACAUACUUGACUGGAAAGCCCCUUAGUCAAAGGUAGUCAAUCAGUCAAGACAUGUUUGUAGUGUGAUAUUUGCUUCAUUAUUUUUGCAGUGGAGCUGCAGGUCUCACAAAGCUAACAUUUAAGGGAAGUUUAUAACCUCUAGUUUAGCAGCAUAUAAACUGCAAGCCAUGUCUAUUUCUUCCUCAGUACAGAGUGAUAUCACUGCACAUGAGCAUCAGACUCUGGUGGGAGGUAUAAUCUACAGCUUGAAUGCAGAGAUAUAUGUUAGAAGAUAUAUAGUUCAACUUAUUUGUAUACUUUAGUGUUUUUAUACAGUUUUAACAUUCUUUCUUAUUUUAUAAUGUUUACGUACAAAUGGUGUUACUGAGCCAAACAAUGUCUAUUAAGGUCUAUCAACUGAGUGCUAAACUGGUAUCUCAGUUAGUAACAUUAAAACAAGUCUUGGCUGAUCAACUAUAUUUGUGGCAGGGGGAUGACUGUACAUUACAUUCAUAACCAAAUUGUACCUUUAAUUGAGGUGAACAUACAGAAUCUGAUAUACCAGUAACACCCACCUCCACACAUAGGCCAGUGUGAUGAACUUACACAAAUAGAUUUUGUUAAACAUUUGGCCUUUUUAAUGCCAAGGCCUGGCAUUAAAAAACAAGGAUGAGAUACAAACACAAAAUGUGUAUAUACACUGUCUGUGGCAAAAGGGGAAAAGCCAUUUAUUUAUGAAGGGAAGAAAUUAAUAUAUCUUAUUUUGCUUUUUUGUUUUUUGGGAUUAUUAUGGGUUGUAUAUUUUGUGUGUGUGUGUGUGUGUGUGUGUGUGUGUGUGUGUGUGUGUGUGUGUGUGUGUGUGUAACAAUGUCGCUACAGUACAGUCUCAUGUUACAGCAUAGUGUGCCGUUCCUGUUAGCAUAAAGUGCGCAAACGUGUAAUGUUGCAUUGCUACAUGUGUAAUGACUUUUU